AUGACCAAACUCAUCUCUCUCCACCCGCUAAUCUCGCCUUCUCCCGAAGGUUCCACUGACGUUUUCAACCGUACAUGGCUUCCCGAUCGGUUUUACUCCGGUGGUAGCACCGCCGUCGUCUCCGAGCCUCUUCGUUUCCAUCUCGUCGCCGAGAAGACCAUCAGGUAUUUCCCUCUCUCCUUCGGCAAGAAGAAUUGCUACGUCGUUCCUCUUCCUCCUGGUCGUUACUAUCUGAGGACUUUCACCGUUUACGAUAACUACGACGGCAAGUCUCAUUCGCCGUCCUUCGAUGUCUCCGUCGAAGGAACGCUUGUUUUCUCCUGGAGAUCUCCUUGGCUCGAGAAUCUCCUUCGCGAUGGCUCUUAUUCUGAUCUCUUUGCCUUUAUCGGCGAUGGUGAGCUCGAUUUGUGCUUUUACAGCAUCGCUACUGAUCCUCCGAUUGUAGGUUCCCUUGAAGUCUUACAAGUCGAUCCUUCCUCAUAUGACGCGAAUGGGACUGGCCAGAAUGUUCUUCUGGUUAACUACGGGAGGCUCUCUUGUGGCUCAGAUCAAUGGGGUCCUGGCUUCACUAACCACACCGACAGUUUCGGCCGGUCGUGGCAAUCCGACGAGGAUUUUCGAUCGGAUGAUUCGAGAUCGGUGGCUAGGUCGUUGACGACGCUGGAGAAAAUCAAGGGAGUGGAUCAGUCGCCGAAUUAUUUCCCGAUGAAGCUUUAUCAGACGGCGGUGACAGUCUCUGGAGGUGGAUCUCUGGUUUACGAGCUUGAAGUUGAUGCCAAGCUUGAUUACUUGCUAUGGUUCCAUUUUGCUGAGAUUGAUUCUACAGUGAAGAAAGCUGGGCAAAGGGUGUUCGAUCUGGUGGUGAACGAUAACAAUGUGAGCAGGGUUGAUGUAUUCAGCGAGGUCGGAGGAUUUGCAGCGUUUAGCUUAAACUAUACGGUGAAGAAUCUGAGCAGUACUACUGUGACUGUGAAACUUUCGCCCAUUUCGGGGGCACCAAUUAUCAGUGGGCUUGAGAAUUACGCCAUUGUUCCUGCUGAUAUGGCCACCGUGCCUGAACAAGUGACUGCUAUGAAAGCAUUGAAGGAUUCACUACGUGUUCCUGAUAGGAUGGGUUGGAAUGGUGAUCCUUGUGCUCCUACUAGCUGGGAUGCUUGGGAAGGUGUUGCUUGCCGGCCAAACUCACAAGGAUCUGCUCUUGUCAUCUUCCAAAUAGACCUUGGAACCCAAGGCUUAAAAGGAUUUAUCAGUGAACAAAUUAGUCUGCUGACAGAUUUGAAUAGCCUGAACUUGAGUUCAAAUUCCUUAACUGGUCCACUACCUUCAGGUCUUGGUCAUAAAUCCCUCGUGAGUCUUGACUUGUCAAACAACCAGCUGACGGGACAAAUACCUGAAAGUCUGUCCAUCUCAAGCUUGAAGCUCGUGCUUUUGAAUGGUAACGAAUUGCAAGGAAAGGUACCAGAGGAAGUUUAUUCAGUUGGUGUUCAUGGUGGCACUAUCGAUCUCUCGGAUAACAAAGGAUUAUGCGGUGUACCUGCUCUUCCUUCGUGUCCUCUGUUAUGGGAGAAUGGCCACUUAUCCAAAGGGGGUAAAAUAGCCAUAGCCAUAUCUUGUGUGGUGAUAUUCAUUCUUGUGCUCUUGGUCAUUUACUUGUGCUGCAUCUGGAGAGGAAGACACGAUUACGACUUUGCCCCUCCUCACGAUCUAACAUGUGACGCUUGCAGCAAAGAGAAACAGAUAUCAGAGGCAAAAAUCGUUAAUGCUACUGGAAAUGGAGAGCCAACACGCGAAAGGAAUGCCCACACUCCCCCUGAAUUCGCAAUAGCUGAGAAAGAGAUAUAG